AUGAGUACAUUAGAAGAUCUUCGAUCAGUUGUUAAACAAACAUUGGAACAGAACGGGUCGUUGGCCGCGACACGUGCAAAACUUCGUGCAGAUAUUUUUUCGACAUUACAAGAUCCAACGGAAGUCAAACCACGAAUUCCACAUGAAAAUCUUCUUAUCAACGAGCUUAUUCUCGAAUAUUUAAAAUACAACAAUUUAGAUUGUUCCGCAUCGGUGCUUGCUGUUGAAUCAGGACAACCGACACCCUCACUUGGUCGAGCUUUCGUUGCAGAACAAUUAAAUGUUCAUGACGAUGAAAAAACACGACAAUUGCCAUUACUUUACUCGCUGUUAUCCCAUUUUUCUUCAAAUUCAAAAGCAACAAAUCGUGCACUUUCAAAUCGUUUGAAUUAG